AUGCCUGCAGCUGGUUCCCGAGACGACCAUCACCACGGCAGCCCCGACAUCCUCUUUGACAUCUUCGACAACCAGAACGACAUCUUCUACAGCAUCUUCGACAGCAUCUACAACAUCUUCGACAGCAUCUACAUCAUCUUCGACAGCAUCUACAACAUCUUCGACAGCAUCUACAACAUCUUCGACAGCAUCUACAACAUCUUCGACAGCACCUACAACAUCUUUGACAGCGUCUUCAACAUCUUCGACAGCGUCUACAACAUCUUCGACAGCACCUACAACAUCUUCGACAGCAUCUACAACAUCUUCGACAGCACCUACAACAUCUUCGACAGCGUCUUCAACAUCUUCGACAGCGUCUACAACAUCUUCGACGACCACCAAAUCACCUUCGGCAGCCACGAAAACAGCUGCGGAAAACGCUACCCCCUAGAAGUCGUAAUAGUAAGCCAGUGGGAGGGCGAGACUUUCCCCUUAUGAGCUUAGAAGGUCAUUUGUCAGAAAAAUUAUAACUUCAUAAAACGCUCCUCUUUUCCUUUGUCCUGCGUCUUGAUGACUUGGCUCCAGUUUGACCGACAUAUGUUGAUCUCCAUAUUUACCGUCAAAGUAAUGCUCGCAUCAGCCUGAUCUACUUGACGUAGUUUGUAUCGUAUAGGUCUACCGGAUUUGAAUGAGAAGAAUGUCGAAAUGCAAAUAUGCCAUCUUGCUUCCAGCUGGAGAACUUUGUCUUGCUAGCGUCGAGCCGCUUAUAAACGAGAGAUUGAGCCGUAGUUCAUUUCCGGAAAUGCGUACAAAAGCAGAAAGGGAGGUUUGGGGAGCUUGGUGACACUAAGGGCUCGUGUCUCCGUCGUACUUUCACGUCCAAUGAUGCUGAACUCCUAGUGGGGAUUUCCAAUGGCAUAAACUUAGAACUGCAUGUGUCCUACUUAUAAGCUGCUAAACAGUACCUAGAGAAACUUCGCUGAGUUAGGUGAGUCCUUGACUGAAUGGCAUUACCGACAAAGACAAGGGAGACUUGAAUGGCCAUUUCUGGCUUGCUAGCCGUCGUCAGCCAGCCAUUCCCAAGCCCGAAGUGUGGAAAACCCGAGGCCCGAACUCGCGACCUGUUAUUUAGAAGUCAACGCAUCUAACCACUGGGCCAAGAGCCCGUUGCCUUAUCGGUUUCGAUCGGGAAUAUACAAUGGUAGUGGGCGCUCACCGAUCGUUCUUAAGGAACUCACUAGUUGCGUUGUGCCUUAUGGACUCUCUCUCGAGCCCAACCAGCAGCCGCAAAGCGGCGCAUGAUAUAUAGGCAGAAUGGCAUUAUCGACAAAGACAAGGGAGACUGGAAUGGCUAUUUCUGGCUUGUUAGCCGUCGUCAGCCAGCCAUACCCAAGCCCGAAGUGUGGAACACCCGAGGCUCGAACUCGCGACCUGUUAUUUAGAGGUCAACGCCUCUAACCACUGGGCCACGAGCCCCUUGCCUUGUUGGUUCCGAUCGGGAAUAUACAAUGCAUGGUAAUGCCAUUCGGCCUAUAUAUCAUGCGCCGCUGUACGGCUGGUGGUUGGGCUCGAGAGAGAGCCCUUAAGGCACAACGGAACGAGUGAGUUCCGUAUGAACGAUCGGUAAGCGCCCCCUAGCAUUAUAUAUUCCCGAUCGAAAACCGACAAGGCAACGGGCUCUUGGCCCGGUGAGUAGAGGCGUUGACUUCUAAACCAACAGGUCGCGAGUUCGAGGCUCGGGUGUUCCACACUUCGGGCUUGGGUAUGGCUGGCUGACGACGGCUAAUAAGCCAGAAAUGGCUAUUCCAGUCUCUCUUGUUUUUGUCGGUAAUAACACAACGGAACUAGUGAGCGCCACUACCAUUGAGUCCUUGACUGUUGCCAUAGACGCCUGUGCGGUGUUCAGCGAGGGAGAAAGCGUGUAGAUAUGUAUGCGAUGACUACUCCGAACAUUUCUUGACCGGCACCAAACUCCGAAAAAGUGGGCUCGGUCUAGCCGCCACACCCCCCCCCCGUUACCACCUCGACCGGCAAGCUAAACCGAAUAAGGGUAUCCGGUCCCUGCGCCAGGCUGUUCUGUCCACAUUCGCUUCCUCUCCCCUUCCACUCCAAGAAGUCUAAGAGAGAAAAAACGACAUGCAUUCCCGUCAUUCACAAGUAUACCGUGACUUGUUAAUGCAAAACUCACAGCCGGUAACCGCUUCAACCGGAGGGCUGAACCAGAUGAGGGUGUUGUGUGUGCCGCAAAGAAAGGGCGACAGGCGAUCCCAUUUGGGUAGCAAACCAAAUCGGUUCGUCCUCCAUUAAACAGAGCCGUGGCCCACAGUGGAUGUCAGCAGUCGUCUGUAAUUUUUAAGCUGCCCUAUUUCGGAAAAGCAGUGUUCACCCUUCGCGGAAAAGGGAGCCACAAAAGGUGCUCUAAAGAAACACCGGGCACUCACACUAUCUGUUCGCACGCCAUAGUACUUAGAUCUAAGCCUCAUAGUCAGCAACAAUCCUCCUUCCUAGCACCCCGGUCCGUUCAUCCGGCAGCUGGAAUGACCCUGUCCGCCUUUAGACAAUUCGCCAGUCUACUUCCCCUCAGUUGGGCGAUUAGAGAGUUGGUGGAGGGGCAUUUAUCUCGAAAAAACUGUCUUUAUCUCCUCCCGGCAUGUACCUGUAUAAUGUCCGCUUGCUAAACGGUUGUCUUCAUCGGAAGCACUUUGUGAAUGUUGAUCGGUCGGCGCUGUGUGCUCGACUGUGAGACCACCGUACCGGAGAGGUAAGACAAAACAGGAGGUUCUUGUUCUGUUCUGAUCAGUAACAAUUACCCCCAUACUCUACACUGCUCAGGGUCACACCCGAUCCCGAUAAUACCCAAAGGUCGUGGGCAAUCGGUUUACCUGGUGGAGAAAUAAAAUCAAUGACAAGCCGCACAAAGUCCAGGUCUGAAGCAGGGCACAGCUGAUCAUUGGAAAAAGGCCUCAACACAGAGCCAUAUACUAAGGCCUGUCAGGUAUGAUCAAAACUAGUCAAAAUCUCUGAAGUGUUUUCUUUGCCUGCUCACCAUCUUCAUUUCACCAAUGAGCUAGCUCAACGGCUAGACAACCUUCCCAUCGCUGCCGCUGCCGCCGCCGCCGCCGAGAACGCCUUUGUGGAAAACCGAUGGGGCCAACUGCGAGACACGGUCCAGUCGACAGCGCUAGCCGUCCUCGGACGUGCACGCCGCAAACACGAGGACUGGUUCGACGAAAACGACGCCGUCAUCCGCAACCUACUCGCCGAGAAGAACCGCCGGCACCAAGCAUACGUAGACCGACAAAAGCAGAGCUGCUUUCCACCGCAGCCGCCGCCACCUUCAGCAACGACUGCGCGAGAUGCAGGACGCCUGGACUGCUCGCAGAGCCGAGGAGAUCCAAGGGUACGCGGACCACAACGAAUGGAAGAACUUUUUCUCCGUGAUCAAAGCUGUCUACGGUCCGCCGACGAAGGGCACUGCCCCUCUCCUCAGCGCCGAUAGCAGUAUACUCCUGACCGAGAAGACACAAAUUCUACAGGGACAAGCCGAGCACUUCCGAGGCGUCCUCAACCGCCCCUCCGCCAUCUUCGACGCCACCAUCGCCCGUUUGCCGCAAGUGGAGACCAAGGUGGACCUCGACCUCCCGCCACCUCUCCAGGAAACUAUCAGGGCCGUGCAACAGCUCUCCGGCGGGAAAGCACCCGGAUUGACGCAAUCCCUGUUGAGGUCUUCAAGCACGGAGGUCCCCAACUGA